AUGCAAUCUUUUGAUAUUGAUUCAUUAAUCGGAAAUAAGGUAACUCCUAAUUUUUGUUUUGGAAAUAACUAAUUUCAAAUUUCAGAAUUUGACACCAACGCUAGCUGAAAUCGUUUCAAGAAACUCAUCAUUUUCUCCAAAUUUCGAGGAUAAUUCGGCCAACUCAUCAAGACAUCAUCCAUACGGUAAGUAGGCAACAUUUUUUGAGUGGGGAACUUUAUUUUUUUUUCUAUCGAAUCUAUUUUCUCCUAACUACAGUACCCAUUGUUUAAUAGUGUUAAAUUGAAACGAGAUAAUUGGUGAUAAUAAAAUAGAAUACAAUAAAAUGAAAAUGUUGCGUCGUUUUCCUUUUUUGUCCCAAUUAUUUCCAUCUAAUUGACACUAUUUUGUUUAUAAUCAUAAAAAUACAGUAACCAACACUUUUAUUGGUAACUUUUUGUUGAAAAAUUGAAAGUUUAUAAAUUUUCAAAAAUAACACAGAAAUGUCUGUAAUCCAAAAAAUGCGAUUUUUUUAUAACUCAAUUUUAAACCUCGAAAAAGGCACACACCUUUUAGUUCCCGUAACUCUUUCAAAAAAUUAGAAAGUUUUUGCUUCAAAAAAAUUUGCUAAUGGGGUGAUUCUGAUAGGCACUGGCCCCUAGACAGUCAGGUUCUGUAGCUACUUGGCAUAAGGCACCUUUUUAGUCACAUUGACUCACAAGGUGUGGCUUCUUGCCAGAGUUGAUCUCUAGACGUGGGUCCUAGACAAUCAGAUUCUCUAAGUUCAACAACUUGAAUAAUAUAUCUCAAACAAUAAAUUUUAAAAAUAAAAUUUUUGCAAAUUUUUUUCAUUUGGAAACUACAACCUUAAGUUAGAUGUGGUAUUUUUUGGAGGUCUCAACCAAUUUUUAAGUGCCUUGGUCCUAUUUCAAAUGUGGUCCUAAACCUCUUUUGGAAAAUCCGAUUCCCAUACCAAAAAUUCAAAAAAGCUCCGAAUUUCUCAUCUCAUCGCUUCUCAUCUCAUUUUCCCAAAAAAAAGAAGAAAAAGAAGCUCAUACCUAAUUUAGUGCUCAUUUCAAUCUCUCUCUCUUCAUUUCUCUCAUCAAUCUGUAUUUUGUCAUUUGUCAAGAGUGACUUGUUGUUCGAGGCGUCUGCUGUCAAUAAAUGACUCCUCAAAUUAGUAGAGAACACUAGUAGUGUAUGUCUAAUUAGCAUAUUGGGCAGAGGUUUUUUUGGCGGAUUAAAAUGAGCGAUUAUUGGUGGGGAUUUGGGAAAUGGGAGAGUUUCUAAAGUUAGUGGGAAACAUUGAAAAACAAGGUUAUUGAUUAGAAAAUUUUGUGGACAAUAAAUUAUAUGUUCUAGAAAAAAAAUAGAAAAAAAAAAUAGAAAAAAAAUAGAAGUUCUGCUGAACUUGAGAACACGAAAAAAUAUUCCCAGAACUGAAAAUAUGAAAUUUUAAGUAGAGUUUUUCACGAAUUUUAGAAAUGAUUUCCAAAUCUUGCGUGAAACUUUCACGCAUUUAAAUUUAAAUUCAGAUCAAAAACAAUACUUUUCCAAAUUCAUGCCCGAACUUAUUCCAUCCUCUUCCUUUUCCCCCGGAAAUUACCAAAUUAGUUAAUCGUAUUAAUUACCUUCCCUUUCACUCAUUUGUGCCCCAAUUAAAUUGGUGUCAUAAAUGGGUGUAUAUGCGUGGAAUAUAUUAUAUGUAUGUGUGUAUUUUUUUAUUUGCGCUCAUAAAAUCGGUAUUAUUUUGUUACAACAAUUUAGAUAAUUGAGCAAUGUUUUAUUUUUGAUACAUAUUUGAAAUUAAUUUUUUACUUACUUCUUUUUUGACGCAAAGAAGGAAAUAAGGAAAAAGGGAAUUAUUAUAAUAGAAAAAUUAUUAUUAUUUUUCAAUUCAAUCGAGUGGAAAAUGAAAAAAGAAUUAUGUUUUGAUGAGCACAAUUUUUUAUUCGAAACUAAUUAUUUUGCAGAUCGAGAUGACAGUCAAAUGCGAAGAUAUCGAACUGCUUUUUCACGCGAACAAAUUGGAAGACUUGAAAGAGAAUUUGCCAAGGAGAAUUAUGUCAGUCGGAAAACGAGAGGAGAAUUGGCUGCAGAGUUGAAUUUACCUGAGGGGACUAUUAAGGUAUGCUUUAAAAAAUAGUGUUGGACAUUUAUCACGUCAUAAGUGAUACUCAAAAAAUUGAAUUUCACCAAGGAAAUAUUUACUAGGAAGAAAUAUGAGUCUAAAAAUUACAGUCCAACUCUUUAUUUUUGUCAAAUUCAUGGGUGAAUCGAAGAAUUACGUGAAAACUUCAGAAUUGCAGAUUAUUUCAUGAUAAAGAUCUAUACAAAUUUCACUUGAACCAUGACGUUGACAAUUAGUUCUGCGGUCUUCAUUUACUAUUCUAAAUUUCAAUAAAUCUCAAGGUAACUUGGCUCAAAACUGUAAUUUUCAGAUUAAUUUGAAAAUUUUCAACAAUAUAUUGAGAAGGUUCCCUUGAUAGAUAUUGUGUUCCAAGUUCAUUUUCAAACACAAAAAAUGCCAUCGAAGAUUUUCAGGUUUUUGUUUUGAAAUCUUAAUUAUACACCCUGAAACCUUCAUUUCUAAUUGUCCCUAUUUUCAAAACCACGUUUGCCAAAACUUUGUUUCUCACAGGCUACCGUAACCCGAGCUCUUUUCCGCCCGCCUCUUUCCUUCCACGUUUCUCUUUCUCUUCAUGAUUUCUACCGUAAUCCAUUUUUUUGGGGCGAACCUCUUCAAUGCCAAAUCAUUUGUCGCGCAUUUUUCGCCUCAAAUCAUUCUUUUUUGCUCGUCUUUCUCUUUACUCUACAAACUAAUUCCCCUGAGAUAAUAAAAAGAGGCCGGCGUGGUUUGACAUAUGAGAAAAGACUAAGAAAAGGAUGAAGCUGAGAUACAACUAAAAUAUUCUUCUUAUGAAUUUGGAAUUUGGAAUCUCAUUUGGGUUCCAGGAUCUUACAGUAAUCCGAAUUGAAUUAUAAGAAAAAUCUUGAAAUUUAUGAAUCUUUGUGUGCUUUUUUUGAUAUCAAAGAGAAAGGUCGCAAUAAAUUAUUUUUUGGAAAAGGGAAAGAAAAUUGAAAGAAGCUAGAGCAAGAUUUUUAAUUGAAAAAAAAAUAUGGAAAUUGAAAAUUUAUUACAAUUUUUGCAGGUUUGGUUCCAAAAUCGGAGAAUGAAAGAUAAAAGACAAAGAAUUGGUGGAAUUGGAUGGCCAUUUCCACCACAAAUGGCUGCUUAUAUGUUGAACCCAUUUGCAUAUGAAAUGUGGAUGAAAACUGCAGCUUCGCAGUUUUCACAAUAUCCGAAUAACAAUAAUAGUAGUAGGUUAGUUGGAAAGUGAACUAUGACGUGGCAAGCAUUAAAAAUCCAUCAUUUGAUUUUGGAUCUCUACAUCUAACAAUAAGCACCCAAUUUUCCAGCUCGACAUCUUCAUCUUCUCCACCUCAACUCCUAAAUCCUGGAUCCGCCUCCCUGAUCAAUCAAUUUUUAUCAUCUCCAACAACUCAAAGUUCACCGGAAGAAAAAGAGAAAAAUAAAAACGAGGAAAAUAUUCCAGAAGUCAAAAACAUAGAAAAUGUGGAUGAAAAACCUUUGAAUUUCUCGAACAUCAAUCAAUCAAUAAGUCCAAAAUCAGUCUAG